GACACUCCCUGCCCCCCCUCCCCUACGAGGCCGCGAUGAUGGCGUACCCCCCUCUCUCCUCGUCAGACCCCCAGCAGCAGCAGCUCCGCAACGAGAUCUACUACCAGCCAGGAGAGGGGGGCUGGAGAGGACGAGGCCAGCAGGACAACCAGAGGCGGGGCCAGGCCCUGCAGCAGAUGGUGGACGACGGCCGAAGGAGAGACCAGGAGGCUGUCUAUCUGGCCGGCUUGCUCCAGCUUCUGACCGCCGAGGCGGGGCCUGAGGUCUACCCUGGAGCCCAGCAGAGGCCCCCCAAAGCCGGGGAGGCGGUCUCGGCCCCGGACGGUGAUUUCCAGGGCCCCUUCCCGCCCGAUUACGAUGACACCAGCAUGGUGAAGCCCCCGAGAGGGUGGCAGAACGCCCAGAACUUGAUGGAGCCCGAGCUUGUCCAGGCGCUGAUGAACCGAUACAGGCAGGAGAAGCUCUAUGAGGCCGGGCUCUCCCCCCAGCCAGCCUCCAGACUUCAGCUUCAAGAGGCAGCAGCCGAGGCAGAGGGGGAGGCAGAGGGGGAGGCGGACGAAGAAGUUUUGAGGUACCUGGUUGGACGGAUCCUGUCCAGUAUGGGUGGCGAGGGGGGUCAGCAGUCAGAGGGCCGAUCAGGGUCCAGACGCUCCCGCCGGUCCCUGGACGACGGAGCGAUCAGCCCCGACGAGGAGAACCUGCUGCGGGACGCGGUUCAAGGGCUGCAGCGCAUGAAGAGGGUCGAUACCGACGUGCAGCAAGUAAGGAAACGGCACUACGCUGCAUACAACCCAGAAGAGCUGGCGGAAAGGAUCUUGAAAUACCUGCCAGAUUAAAUAAUAAUAAUAACAAUAAUAAUAAUAAUAACAAUUAUUACUAAAUUCGCAUUAUAACUUACUUAUAGGUAAAAACCUGUCUCGACACACGACCGCUGCAGUUAUAGGUCAAAAAAUAUAUAUUUUACAAAAAAGCUUUUGUUUCGUUUUUCCGCGUUUACAAAGCGUUCUGAUUUGUAGCCAAAUUCAUGUUAACCCUGUUUAAAAAGUGGAGAAAUCAUUAAAAAAAAAAAUUCGAAAAACUAUUCUUUCUGACUUUCGGACUCACAGGUUUUUACCUGUACUGUAGGUACUAAGAAAUUCUAAUUCAAAAUUCUUAAAAAAUUUGCUAAAUGUAUUUGCACAUGACCGCCCCCCUUCCCUUCCCUUCCCUUCCCCCUCUCCCUCCUUCCCUCUCUCUCAUUUCUCUCUCAUUUCUUCAUUCGCUCUAUUCUGUGUUCAUGGUGUUGAAACCAAAAAAACGAUUUAAAAUAUUGAAACAGUCGAUGUUACUUGUGGCUUCUCUCCUGUUUGUGCAUUACAUGAAUAAUGUGUCUAAUAUAUAUAUAUAUAUAUAUAUAUAUAUAUAUAUAUAUAUAUAUAUAUAUAUAUAUAUAUAUAUAUAAUUUUACAGAUUGUUUAUUUCCCUCAAUGCCCUUUCAGAUAAGCAGAUUUCAUUGUUUGGAAAACUUGUGUUGAAUACUUCUCUGUCAAUAAAACUCAAUGAAACAACA